GCUCCGCUCCGUGCGUCGGUCAAGCUGCGUCAAGGGCUGCAGCGGUAGCCGCGCGUGCGGUAAAAGCAGGAGGAGGAGGAAGCGCCAGAGAAGGGAGGCAGAGCCUGGAGGAGGCUCUGGAGGAGUCGGGCCUUGGUUCCUGCCAGAGGAGAGCAGGUGGGGCCGCGCCAAGGAGAGAACAAGGCGGCAAUCAGCCCCCAGGCUGGCGACUCGAGCCUUGCGGGUUGGAAGAAGCGCGCCGGGGGAACGCGGGGUUUGUCUGAAACGGGAGCAAACCCGGAAGAUACUCCGCGGACCCUUCACCGGAGGACCCCUGGUUCCCGCUUCUGCGAAAUCCAGAAAACCCGCCUUUCCCUGGCUUUUAGAUCCUGGAAAGACUUUGGCUCCGAUUUGGAUUUUGCAUUUCUUAUUCCUGGGAUUUCUGCUGCGCCGCCUAUCCGUCCGCUCACUUUCCCAUCCAUCCUUAUAAAUGGAGCGCGCUCCUUUUCCCCCCUGUCUAGACGGCAGGCGCUGUUAACCCUCCGGGCUUUCAACUCGGGGUUUUGCGCGGAAUUUCCUUCAAAUUGCGCGGGGAUUGAUGCGUCUCCGCGGGUCUAGUUCGGUGCAACACCCCCAGCAGGGUUUUCCCGAAUUGCAGAUGGUUUUGAUCAAUGCAUUCCUUUUAUUUGCAAUUGCACCAAUCCUCCAAUUUUACACGGGGUUAUAAGACUGUCGGUUCACUCUUUUCUGUAACGCGGUGUUUUUCUCUCUUUUUAACUGGAUUGCCGAGCGCUCCCGGUGCGCUAAUCUGGGUUUCCCAUAUUUUUUGACUGCAGCAAUCCGGAUUAACGAAACUGUGGAAGGUGUUUGCUGGUUUUCAGAGCGAUGUUGCCAGGGUCUAUUCAGAUCUCUGGGGAGACUUUAUCCAGUGCAGAAAUUCGGGAUAUUUGUGAGAGCUUGCGGGAGAACUCCAUCAAACUGCUUUCCCUCCGUGGUUGCCAACUAUCCGACAGAGAUUUCGGUCGCAUCUGCAAGGGGGUGGCAGAGUCUCAUUCCCUGGCUCAACUUAACCUUAACUUGGGGAUUGUUUCCAAUAUCAAUCGGGUCAAGCAAUUGGCUGAAGCUCUGAAGACAAACCGCUCGGUCCAAUCUUUAUUCCUUCAUGGAAGUCCUCUGACAGAUGCUGGUCUGGCCAUUCUCAACCCAGCUUUAUCCAUCCAUCCAUCCCUCGUGGCCUUGGAUUUGGGGGACUGCAUGCUGGGGGAUGAAGGUAUCAACUUGAUUUGUGGCCUUCUUCCUCCUGAUGGGGCCAAGUCAGGAUUGAAGGAACUGACUCUCAGUGCAAAUUCUGGCAUCACCCCCAAGGGAUGGGGACGUCUGGCUAUUGCAGUGGCUCAUAGUUCACAGGUGCGAGUGUUGAACUUGGACUACAAUCCCCUGGGUGACCAGAUAGCAGCAAUGCUGGCUGUUUCAGUGGCAUCCAGCCGCACCUUAGAAGUCUUAGACUUGGAAGGGACAGGACUUACCAACCAGUCAGCUAUGAUCCUAUUGGACAUGGUGGAAAACUAUCCAACAGCUCUGAAGACAUUGAUCCUGGCAGAGAACAACAUUAGUCCUGAACUACAGCAGCAAAUCUCAGACCUUCUUUCAGAGGGAGAGGAAGAUGAUGAGACUGUGAACCAUGAAGUGAUGGCCAGAGAGAAGAAUUCCUGGAUCUGUCAAAGCAGAUGAAAUCUUAAUAGAAGCCGAUGGAUACUAAAUUUGAAUAUAAACUAAUAGUUAAUGCUUUCAUGGAGAUGGCAAGCCACUUCCAAAAUCUUUUCAAGAAAACUGCAGGGAAGACUUCUGGGAAAGAAAUGACAAGCUGAAGAUGGCACCGCAAAGGUUGAAGCUGACCAUGACAGAAUGAAGACCCAGCAAGUAGACUGCCUCUCCAUAAUUUAUCUCUGGACAAUGAGAGGACUUGAGAUCACCCACAAGUGCUCCAGAUAGUUGGUCCUCAUGGGGAGAUCACAAGAAAGUGAUCUCAGUAGCUUUAAAGCUCUGGGAGAUGAGGGAAUAGCUAUCUUGUUCAAACUCCAUUUGGCUCCUCAAAAAGACACUUGGCUUGCAUACUUCCUUUCCUAAUCACUUUUGGAAAAUAUUUGUUAACUGCUUUUCAGCUAUUAGGAACUUUCAAAUCAACAAAUUUUACAACACCCAGUGAGUCUCCUUCAAUCCUUUAUAAGUUUGAAAUAGCAAUAGCCUUUAGUCUUAUAUACUGCUUUACAGGGCUUUACAGCCCUUUCUAAGCAGGUUACAGAGUCAGCAUAUUGCCCCCAACAAUCUGGGUCUUUAUUUUACUGACCUCUGAAGGAUGGAGUCAACAUAACAGUUGUAAAUCUGUUAAAAAGUUAUUAUCCAGGGUUAUUCUGUCUUACUAUUUGUAAUUCCAUUUUGUCGGUCAUCUCCAACUUAUAGUCCAGAAUUUAUUUCCAAGUAUUUCUGCAUUAAUACUUGUUCAUCCCUUUCUUGUCAGUCUUCCAAAAUAUUCCGUCACAGUUAUUGUUUCUUUUUUGGAAGUAAUACAUUC